UCACAUCUCGACUCUUAAUCGAAAGAGCCUCGAAAAUGUGCGAUCAAGGGUCGGAAGCAAAAACGAAAUUAGGAGCAAAAGUGACGUAUGGCCAUUGCAUAGAUGUUAUUUGCAAAUCUUCAGACGUGCAAUUGCAAUGGCCCUCCUUCGAUGACCUUUAUCAUCAAGUCUCUUCGGGGAUCUUCUUGAACAAUGGAACUAAGAAAUAUAUCCUUGAUAAGAACACAAACAGUAACUGGUACUUUCUAUAUGCAAGAGCUUCUCAAUUGUCUGGAUUCAAGAUCCCCGUACUGGAGAUGGAUAAAUAUAACGGAAUCCGGCCAAACAUAUGAAGUCGCUGAGUGUAUCCAAGUAUCUUGGUUCGAUAUACGCGUGAAAGUAAGUGCAACUUUUUUCACACCAAGAAUAGUGUACGAUGUAAUAUGGAAGAUACAGUUAACCAAUAAUGCCUCUGGAUGGGAGCUUCCUGUGAACAUAGAACUCAUGAGGCCAAAUGGAUGCAAGAUAGAACGCAAACAAAGUCUGCAGUUCGUGAAACGAGGGGACUGGUUGGAGAUUUCAGGUGGUGAUUUCUUGGUCGAUAAUUGUGGUUGUGAAAAUGGCGGUGAGAUCGAGCUUCACAUGUAUGAACAUGGAGGGCAUUGGAAGCGCGGGUUUCUUUUGAAAGGUGUCGAGUUCCGACCACGUGGAUCGGAUUGCGCUUGAUAAAAAUGGUCGACAUAACACAAGUUCUUCUCUAUCAAACUUAGUACUUUGUAUACUGAUUUAAAGAAUGAGAGGUUCAAAAAGUGUUUUAUGGUGAAAUAUGAAAAUAUAAUGUAAUGUAGUAUAUGAAAUGAUAAAUAAUACACCUUUUUGCUUAUAAGCAUGAAGGUUAAGUUUUAAACA